AUGAAACACACGAAUGGAUUGAAACCGAUGUAUAAGAAUACGUAUGGCAUUGGAGUGGCGGUUAAAAAGAUCGACUUCACAGAAAAGGUUUUGAAAGAAGUGGAGAAUUUAAUAAAAGUUAAGUCUCAAUAUGUGGUUCAAUACUACGACUCCUGGACUACAGAUAAUUGUCUUUACAUUCAAAUGGAGUUAUGUUCACAAAGUCUGCGAAAUAUUCUUGAAGUUAAACCACAAAUCAUUCACAGAGACCUCAAACCCGAAAACAUAUUAAUCGCAAAGAAUUUAUGUGACUUUGGUUUGGCUACAGUUCACGACAAACGCAUUCACUACACUACAAAACACAAACACACGGCAGAUGUGGGGGAUGACCGUUAUAUGGCACCUGAGAUACUCAACGGUAAAAAUGCUCAACGAUAUUCAAACUCGUGGACAUUCCUAAACGCACCGGUAUUUCAAUUACAGAGACUGUUGGUCUCAAUGAUUAACACGAAUUGGACUGAAAGACCGGAAUGU